GAAGGUGUCGAAUUUCAAAAACUAAGAAUAACAUUCAUAAAGUUAUUUUUUAUAAAAUAAAAUAAGUAACAAUUAGAAAAUAUGCAGAACCCUAACGAGGAUACAGAAUGGAACGAUAUCCUUCGCUCAAAGGGAAUUAUUCCUGCCAAGGAGAAAGAAAUUUCCGAAGAACAAAUUGUGAACAUGAUCGAGGAGACUAUACAAAAUAAACAAGCAGAGAAAGAAAAGCAGUUAUCAGAACUAGACCUGGAUGGUCUAGAUGAGUUAGAAGACGAAGAAGAUGAGGCUGUACUCCAAGAAUACCGAAGGCGGCGUAUUGCUGAAAUUAAAAGGCUAGCAGAAAAGCCCCGGUUCGGGGAAGUAAAAGAAGUUUCAGGACAAGAUUAUGUUCAAGAAGUGAACAAGGCUGGUGAAGGCAUCUGGGUAGUCAUUCAUUUGUAUAAACUAGGAAUUCAAGAGUGUGCCCUUCUUAACCAGCAUAUGCGCCAAUUGGCUGCUAAGUUUCCAUACACGAAAUUCCUGAAAGCUAUGGCUCAAACAUGCAUCCCCAACUAUCCAGAGCGAAACUUGCCUAGUGUGUUUAUUUAUUAUGAAGGUGAAAUGAAGAAGCAGUUUGUGGGUCCAGUAGAAUUAAGAGGAACAGCAUUAACUUGUGAUGAGUUGGAGUACAUCCUUGGUCAAGUUGGUGCAGUGGAUACGAAAAUCAAGGAAGAUCCUAAACCAAAGAUCAAAGACAAAUUGUUAAUGGACUUGGGUUGCAAUGAUUGGUGAUGUAGGUCUGGCAUACAGUUUGGUGCACUUAGAAGUGCUCAGUUGGUGCAAUUGACGAUAUUUUAAGCCUUUUGGUGUGUGGGUGCUUUAUGCUUGUUGUAUUUCUUAUUUAUUUUAGUUGUAAUUAAUAUUUAAAAUCAAAAGAGACAGUUAUCAGUUAUUAUUCACUUAGUGCAAAAAAUUACUAAAACAAGUUUAUCCAAUAAAAAGAAUAUCAAUUAAUAUGUAAAUCCUAAAAAUGUUUGUCUAUUAAAGUAUUUUCACAAUGCAGUGAACAAUUAAAGUAUUUUAAUUAUUAGGUCCUUACUUAUAAAACCGAUGUCUAUUUAAGAAAUGCUUAAGUUGCUCUGUCUUUUUUUCAAUAAAAUAUUAUAGCGAGACAGGUAUUGUAAUAAUUAAAACAUAAUUAAAGUAAAGCUAUAAUCACAAUAGUUAAGCGCUUAUAGUAUUUACCAAAAAUGAAUAUAUCCAUUCAUUAGUUAGUGUAAUAUAUACUUUUCAUCAGUCACCUUGCCUUUGUGAAAAAUGAUUUAUACAUAAUAAGAAAUAAAGAAAAUGUUUAUUUUAAUACAUUGUACCUAUGUAUGCAACAUUUAUAAUAAUAAUAUUAUGUCAGAAUUUGUUUACUUAAGAUUAUGUUAUGUACUAUUUAAUAGUUUUAGUUUGGACUAACAUUUGACAGUGGAUUAAUAUUUCGAGGGUAGGUGAACGGAAGGUUUUAAAGUGAAAAUACAUUAAAACAUUUGUUAACAUGUUUAUUUAUCAGCUUUCUUAAUCCACUGUUCGAUGGAUCAUUUCAAGAUUUAAUUUUGGAAGAGCCCAUAUCACGCUAAAUAGGUGGGUUUGGGAAUGGUUGUCGUAAGAAACGACAGAAGGAAUCUGACAUAGGUGGUCAACAGUAUUUUCCUGUUAACUGGAGAAUAAAAAUAUAGUGAUAGCGUUUGUCAACCAGUCUAUAUGGCACUAUGGCAACUAUGACAAAAUUUGCUCUAUAAGACAAUGUACAGCUGUGGACUUUUGACAGGAUGUAAUGAAUAAAUGAACGAAUAUGAAUGCAUAACCGAUACCCUCGUGCUGAUGAUAUUGUGCUGCACCUGAUUACCGGUCUGUGGCAUUUCCUAAUAGAUAUUCCGCUAUUUGAUGGUAGAACCCUGUUUGUUAGCAUGGUGCAGCGCGGAAAGGUGAGGAUGACCCUUACAACUAUUAAAAUGAUCUUACGUGUUCUAUUUUGUAAAUGGAUUUUAUAUGUGUAAAAUUUUGUGCAAUAAAAAUAUUUUCUUCU